AUGCCGACUAGAAACACGAUUGCGGAGGCUCGAGUGAAAGAAAACGGGCUUUGUGGAAAAGAACCGAUAAUCAUGAGGAGAUCACAAUUGCAACGGUAUGAAAGAUACAGCGAAUACGGCUAAUUUGCAUACAAAAUUGGAGACUUUCGAUGCAGUGGAAUCCUAACCUGUGAAUUAACGUCUUUCGCGGUGAACAGCCUGGAAACAGAGUGAGCGAUGAAGCUGGUUGAACAGCUUCAUCUUUGAGGAUAGAUUGCACGAAGAUAAAGUUGCUGUUGCUAUCCUGCUGCCCGAGAGAAAUAAUUAGCGUGUAAUUGUGAUACUGUUACGUGACCAGAAUCUAUCGAUUUUGUACUUGGCCAUUUCAUUAGUAGAACGUUUUGGUAAGUUCGAUCUUGCAGUGAAUGGAUUUCCAGUCGAAAUUUCUUAGAUACAACAAUGCUUUAACUAAACUUAUUCUUCAUUUCAUGUAUAGACGAAAACUCAUAAGUGUUUCUGUUAUCACAUACUCGUCAUUGAUGCACGUUAGUUCGCCCACAGUGGAAGAACAUUCGAGACUCAAUCAAACGACGAUUCGUUCAAACGGGACUCUGAAGCAGCUGUAAUUUUCACCAAACAUAACUCAUUAGUGUCGCACAUUAUGCGUCACGCUACAGACUUACUAAAAUCCGACGAGCGUGUUACUCGGCAACACGGCGACAAUCACGGACACUGAACAGCAAUCGAUCCAAUCGAUGUAUCCGAACGGAACUGCACAAAUUUCUAACAAAAUCGCCGAGUGUUAAGUUUCAAACGGCGAUUAAACAAAGACAAAGGUGACGGACGCGACGUGUCGGCUCUCUGGCCGAGCAAGAUCGGCUUUCACUCGAUCUCGAAUCGUGUCAAAAGCACGAUUGGCGAUAGAAGCAUUGGCUCUCCUCGCGUACACCUACGCGUCCCUCUAGUUCCGCGACCGGUCGAAGACGUCCACGAUUCUACGUCGUCGACCGCAUCCGGCCGAGCGAAACACGGCGGCUAGACUGGAGAUCGGCGUCCAGUCACCGAUGUUCGAAUUCGCACGAUCAAACCAGGCGACCGCGGUGCAAGCUGGUGUCACUUUCCGCGACCAUUACCGAGCGCACUGCUGCUGUUGUCCU